AGAGGAAACAGUAAAGUAUGUGCACAGCAGCAUGAACGAUGCAAUAUCCGAAUUAAGAAAACGCGGAAAGAAGAAAAGUAAAAUAGAGCAACUUCUCUUGGUGGACCAUAGUAAUAUCUAUUUUGAAAAUGAACGACUUGCAGAACGUCUCGCUAAGUUCUUGGAUGAACUUCAUAAAGACAAGCAUAGACAGGAGAUGGUACGAAACAUUGAGAUCCAAGAGCUCAAACGGGAAAUUGACAACCUGCAGGCUAUGAAAGAUGCCUCAUCUGCACAGACCAAGAAGUUCCUACAAACUCUAGAGAAUUAUUAUACAUCAAGUGCAAUACCAAAACCCGAGAAGAAAACCAGACCUCACACGACCGGAAGUUACUUCAAGAAGUCACGCGCCAAAUCAGAAGAGCGGGAACCGACAGAGAAACCAAAAAGCAAAACAAGAGCACACAGUGCGAGUAAACACGAGGAAUUUGUGAGUGAAAAAGAAUUCGAACGAGCAAAGAAGCGCGAAAAACGUGCGCCUGCAGAAGACACAAAAACUGAAGAUCAAUCCGAAGGUGGAAAAAAGAACCGUGCUUUAAAAUACCCCGAAGACUGGUACACAACAGUGCUACCUGCCUCGGACAAUUGCUUAAAGAAAAUUCGCCAGCAAUACAGGAGGGAACAGACUGCUCCAACAAUAACAUUAUCAAAAAGAUCAAAAAAAUCUGACAAAUCUACAGAUAGUGCAAAACCUCAAACUAGUACCGCUUCUGGGCAAAGAAGUCUAAAUCGAGAAAAGACUGAAGACAUGAAACAAAGAUCGGGUGUGAAUACUGCACAGAAUCGGAAGAAUUCUUCGGCAACGGAAGGAAGCAAGUCAGAUAUUGAGGAAGAAAUAGAGUCAAAAUCCCGAAUCAAAAUGGUUUGCCAGCAAAAGUCAAAACCGGUGAUGAUGUCUUUGAGACAAAUGAGAGAGUUAACAGGAAUGGAUGGAAACAAUGACAACAUGCCAAACAAACGUCAAGAAAGACUAGAUAAACAAAUACAGGAAACGAAAGUCAAAUUUCUAACGUUAACUCAGAGGGUUAAGACAUUUGUUAAAGAACUAGAUGAAAAAAUUGCUCAAGACUUAGAAGACUCUAAACCUAAGGAUAAUGAAUCUCGUGACGAUAUGUAUUCUGGAAUAUUGCCACCAGACCAUGUAGCUGUGCCAACUUAGAAAUUCAUCGUAUGUAGACCAUGUAGCUGUGCCAUCUUAGAAAUUCAUCGUAUGUAGACCAUGUAGCUGUGCCAACUUAGAAUUAUAU